AUGGUGGUUUUGAUUUCAAGCACAGUGACGAUUUGCAGAGUAAAACCGAAGCUUGAAGACGGAAGCUUUCGCGUCAGCUGGUUGAUACCCAGACCCGAGGUUCCAUUUUUCUCAGGGUUGAGUGAGAAGAAUUGUAGAAAGAAAUGUGCAGUUUCGGUUAAGUGUUUAGCUGUGAAGAAAGAACAAGUUGUUGAGAGCGUGGAGAGAGUUAAAGGGACGAUUUUUCCGAAGAGAGCGAAAAAACUUAUCAUGAGCGAUGGUAGAGAUGAAGAUGAAGCGUAUGGGAAGCUUAUUUGUCCAGGUUGUGGGAUUUUUAUGCAGGACGAUGAUCCAGAUGUACCAGGAUAUUAUCAAAAGAGAAAGGUCACUGCAAAGACCUUGGAAGAGGAGGAAGAUGAGACUGAAGAUGAGCUUGAUGGGUUUGAAAUGGUUGAUGAUGAUGACGAUGAGGAGGAGGAGGAGGAAGAUGAUGAAAUGGAUGAUGAGAUCAGUAAUGCAAUUGAUGGUAGCGACUCUGAAAGUGAGAAAGAGUUUGACUGGGAAUCAGAUGAAUGGGAAGAGAAGGAGGAAGAAAAUGAAGUCGAACUGGAUGGUUUUGCUCCGGCUGGUGUUGGAUAUGGUAAUGUCACAGAGGAGACAGAGAAGAAGAAGAAACGUGUUUCGAAAUCAGAGAGGAAGAAGUUAGCUAGAGAGGAGGCAAAGAAAGACAAGGAAGACGAUGAUGAUGUGACGGUGUGUGCUCGUUGCCAUUCUCUUAGAAACUAUGGCCAAGUGAAGAAUCAAGCCGCUGAGAACCUCUUGCCUGAUUUCGACUUCGACAGGAUGAUCUCAACGAGACUGAUCAAACCGAUGAGUGGUAAAUCCAGCACCACGGUUGUAGUCAUGGUUGUGGAUUGUGUCGACUUUGAUGGUUCGUUUCCCAAACGAGCAGCCAAGUCUCUGUUCCAAGCGCUUCAGAGAGCUGAAAACGAUCCUAAGGUUGGCAAGAACCUCCCGAAACUCGUGCUCGUUGCAACGAAAGUAGACUUGCUUCCAACACAGAUUUCACCAGCUCGGUUAGACCGAUGGGUGCGACACCGUGCCAAGGCUGGAGCAGCGCCUAAGCUGAGUGGUGUGUAUAUGGUUAGUGCUAGGAAAGAUCUUGGUAUCAAGAAUCUGUUAGCUUACGUUAAAGAACUGGCUGGUCCACGUGGAAACGUGUGGGUGAUUGGAGCCCAAAACGCUGGGAAGUCUACUCUGAUCAAUGCCUUCUCCAAGAAAGACGGUGGAAAGGUGACGAGGCUCACGGAAGCUCCGGUUCCUGGAACAACUCUUGGGAUAUUGAGAAUCGGUGGAGUGUUGUCUGCAAAGGCCAAGAUGUAUGACACUCCUGGCCUUUUGCAUCCGUACAUUAUGUCCCUGAGGUUGAAUUCAGAGGAGAGGAAGAUGGUGGAGAUAAGGAAAGAGCUUCAACCUCGGUCUUACAGAGUCAAGGCAGGACAGUCUGUUCACAUUGGUGGCUUGGUGAGACUAGACCUUGUUCGUGCAACUGUUGAAACGAUAUACAUUACAGUAUGGGCAUCAAAUAGUGUUUCGUUGCAUCUUGGGAAAACAGAGAACGCCGAAGAAAUACUCAAGGGACAUUCCGGCUUACGCCUGCAGCCACCGAUCGGAGAGAAGAGAGCGGCUGAAUUAGGAGACUGGGAAGAGAAGGAGAUUCAGGUGACGGGAAGUAGCUGGGAGGUGAAAAGCAUUGACGUUGCAGUGGCUGGUCUUGGCUGGUUUUCGCUUGGACUCAAAGGUGAAGCGACAUUAGCAUUGUGGACGUAUCAGGGGAUUGAUGUGACGUUGAGAGAACCGUUGGUUAUUGACCGAGCACCGUUUCUUGAGCGGCCUGGCUUCUGGUUGCCCAAAGCUAUCAGUGAAGCGCUUGGAACUUAUUCUAGCAAGCUUGAUGAUGCUCUUAGGAGGAAGAAGCGACAAGACAGCACAGAUUUUCUCUCUGAUUGA